CAGCAGCCUUACCAUUUUCAUCAGGGCACGCGUAAUAGUGGUAGCGCGAUUGCGACGAGCAGUGAACGUCGUCGAUGCUCUGAUCUGCGAGAUCGUUUCUCAGCAUCUCGCCGUCACGUCGCCGAGAAGUAUUACGAUUGUCUGCAGUGCGCGGAGCAGUGUCGUCACGCGAUCGACAACAAUGGCAGCAACAACACCUACAAUAACAAUAACGACAACGGCGCUGUCGCCCGGAUUCGCAGCAGUCAUCAUCUACCCAUCUCGAAUCUGUCGUUGUAUUCCGACGUACCGACGUCUCCGCCCGAUGAUAUGAAAAUUCAAAGCACCAGAGAUAAUCUGGCAAAGUCCAUGGUGAGACAUCAAUCCGGUCAUCUAACGCCGGUGAAGAAGAGGUCGUCGUUGGCGCGACCGGUUCGCGUUCAUGAUUCCUUUGUACAACCUAGACGGCCGAUGGCCGAGGAAGAUCCUUAUCAGGAUCCGCAGCGGGACCAGCAGACGAAAUCGUGCAAGAACCCCUGGUGGUGGCAGGAUCGCCGUGAUCGUCAGGAGCCUAACGCGUCGACGAGUUACGCCUAUCAUCGGGGCGGAAAUGUCGAGGACGGAAGUGCCGGUUGGCCUAUUCGUCUGCGACUCGAGCAGAUGUUAGAGCUGACGUUGCCGCAAACCAAACGGAAAAAGAAAAAGAAGAAAAAGAAAAAGGCGACGACGGCGACGGCGACGAUGAUGUUGAUGAAACAACAGCAGCAACACGGCAGACACAGUUUCAAAGAUACCGAAAGGCUCCUCAAGGUACUCAGCAUCAACAAUGUGGACCAAGAUAAUAGGUACAACGUCAAACGAUGUUCCGUCAUGUAGAGAUUAGGGUAAAAUGAAGAAAAAAGAAGCAGAAGAAGAAAAAGCGUGUAACCGACUUCUUAGGAAACACCGUAGGACUCUGAUACGCUCGUAUUUGGAACCCCGCUUUCCGCGAAAAUCGAGGCUUCGAGUCAACUUGUAUUACUUCUGCCAUUCAAUAAUAAUUUUUUGGUAAGUUUU